AUGGCCCCCAAAGUCCUCGUCGUCCUCACCUCCCACGACCACCACAAUGCCAACAAUAACCCCACCGGUUGGUUCUUGCCCGAAUUCGCCCACCCCUGGGACGUCCUGCACUCCAAAGCCGAGCUGGUAAUCGCCUCCCCAGCCGGCGGCAAAGCCCCGCUGGACCCGGGCUCCAUCGAAAUGUUCAAGGAGGACCCCGUGUCCCAGAAAUUCCUCAAGGAGCAGGAGUCCCUCUGGACCAACACCGUCAAGCUGUCGGAUGUUGUGUCGCGGGUUUCUGAGUUCGAUGCCAUCUUCUACGUUGGUGGUCAUGGACCUAUGUACGACCUCUACAGUGACAAGACCUCCCUGGCCCUGAUCCAAGCCUUCGCCGUGGCCAAGAAGCCCGUCGCGGCGGUUUGUCAUGGUCCUGCGGUGCUGGUGAAUGCUACUACACCCUCCGGAACGGCCUUGUUGAAGGGUGCGGAGGUGACUGGGUUCUCGAACACCGAAGAAGACCAGGUGCAGUUGAGCUCGAUUAUGCCGUUUAUGUUGGAGGAUGAGUUGAAGAGGGUGGGCGCUACGUACGUCAAGGCUGAGCAGCCGUGGGGGGAGAAGGUGGUGGUGUCGCAGGUUGCUGAGUUGGGAGGAGCCGUGAUUACGGGUCAGAACCCGGCGAGUGCAACUGGGGUUGGAAAGGCUAUUUUGACGGCUUUGGGGUUGUAA